AUGCUGCCAGCACUGUCACCUGGAGCCUCUUCGUUGGUCAACGGUGGCAGGACAGAGGUGCCGGAGUUCAGUGACUCGGCAGGAGCACAGAAGGCCUCAAACUCAACAUGCACGGGGGUCGUGACGGGUGUUGACCUCGAGGUCAUCUACUCAUACUUUGGAGAUGUGCAGAAUCCGCAAGCCAAGAUUGUCGGUGCGCGAAUCUCGCACAGGAUCGGGGUGCUCAGCUUCACUCUCGAAGACCCCCGUGCUGAAAGGCAGUCCUUCCCAUUCGGCUACAGCGUUUCGUUCCUUCGAGCUGAAAGGGAUGACUUCGUGCUGAAGGUCCCUCCACGGCCGCAACUUCCAGUGCUUCUUCCCGACGACCUCUUCUACCCCUUCACCAUAGGUUCGGCAUCAAGAUUGGGGUGGAGUGGUGUGCUGGCUCUAGCAUUGCUGGCGCUCACAGAAUUCAGAACAUCGUGA